GUCUCAUACAUGCCACACUCCUAUCGAUAAUGGCUCACAAGGCAUGAAAGCAACGGCGAAAUAUUAAUUUUGCAGGCGCGUUUUAGCAUAUGUCUUUGCUUUGGGAUUGUUAUUGGGCAUAACCUUAAAUAAAUGAACGCGUGUUGUGGCGCAGGUCACACUUCCAGCUUCGGUGUCAAGCUGUGAAUUGUUGGAGGGCUACAUAAAUGUAAUACAUUAACUGCUACGCCAUCACAGUGUUAGCGUAGUCUCGAAAUGUGUCGUCCUCCCAAAGCGUGUGAAGACCGUGGCGACGAAAUUCACAGAUAGGUGGUGAUAGCAGACCGACCUAAUCCAACCAGCAGCUGACUAGUAGCCUGGCCUGGUUGUUUACCUGCUUCUCGGGUAAAGAGGUGAGCAGGGGGGCAGGGCCACCCACGAGGUAGGAGGGAUGCCUGUGGAGGGCGGGAGCAGCAGCGGCUCUGCUUCGGCUGCCCGUCACCCCAAGCAGAAGCGCAAGGCUCACAGUUUGUCUAUCAGGCGCACCAACAGCACAGAGGAGAGGCCACCGGGCAUCCAGAGAGGAGACAUGCUGGAGGGACAGGACUCCAAGCUGCCCAUCUCCUUACGGAACAACCUUCUUGACCUUUUUGGUCAGAUUGAGCGCGAGUUUGAAAAUCUCUACAUCGAAAACAUUGAAUUACGCCGUGAAAUUGACUCUCUGAAUGAGCGCCUGACCGGAGAUGGACAGACUAUUGAGGGAGGAGACCCCAGCAAGGGACCUCUGAAAACAAAAGCCAGCCACAGCACCAGUCAACUGUCCCAGAAGCUGAAGACGACCUACAAAGCCUCCACCAGCAAGCGCUUGUACACUUUCCACGGCAAAAUAGGUGGACCUCGCAACUUCAGUGUGGCCACAUGGGAGUUGUGGGGAGGAGAUUCAUGGAUUGUGUCCAGCUUUAAAGCCACUGCAGGGUCCCGGGCUUUGUGCCAGCUGCUCAAGGAGUACGUGGGCCACCGCGAUGGGAUCUGGGACCUCAGCGUCACCCGGACUCAGCCAGUGGUCCUGGGCACCGCCUCGGCAGAUCACUCAGCUCUGCUUUGGAGUAUAGAGACGGGGAAAUGUCUGCUAAAAUAUGCUGGCCAUGCAGGAUCAGUCAACUCCAUCAAGUUCCACCCCACAGAGCAGAUGGCCCUCACAGCCUCCGGGGACCAGACGGCUCACAUCUGGCGUUACAUGGUGCAGCUUCCUGCCCCCCAGCCACCACCAGAUGUCAGUGCUCCAUGUGAUGACGACCAGGACUCGUCAGACAGAGAAGAAGGGGAGGUGGAUGGCGAGGGCCCUUGUGAGGUCCCCACCGUCCGGGUCGCUACAGCGACCCUAAAGAGCCACCAGGGUGUAGUGAUCGCAGCUGAUUGGUUGGUGGGAGGCCGACAAGUGGUGACAGCUUCCUGGGAUCGCGCCGCCAACCUGUAUGAGGUGGAGACGUCUGAACUGGUUCACACUCUCACUGGACAUGACCAAGAGCUGACCCACUGCUGCACCCACCCCACCCAGCGCCUGGUGGUCACUUCAUCCAGAGACACCACCUUCAGACUGUGGGACUUCAGAGACCCGUCCAUCCACUCGGUCAAUGUCUUCCAGGGACACACUGACACGGUGACAUCGGCAGUGUUCACUGUGGGUGACAACGUGGUUUCAGGCAGUGACGACCGUACUGUCAAGGUGUGGGAUUUGAAGAACAUGAGGUCGCCUAUAGCAACCAUCCGCACUGACUCAGCUGUGAACAGGAUAAGCGUCUCUGCCAACCAGAGGAUCAUCGCUCUGCCACACGACAAUCGUCAGGUCCGACUGUUUGACAUGAACGGGGUGAGGCUGGCCAGGCUUCCUCGCAGCAACAGAAUGGGUCACAGGCGAAUGGUGUGCUGCACGGCUUGGAACGAAGAGAACCAGUCAUGCAACUUGUUUACCUGCGGCUUCGACCGACAGGCCAUCGGCUGGAACAUCAACAUUCCCGCCCUGCUGCAGGAGAAGUGACGCCACUGACGCACAACAGAAACACGGAGUGGAGUAGGAGGCGGUGCACAUAAACACUGUAAUCUGUGGCCUCGCACAUGCUAGUAUGUUGGACGUGUUUACCCUGUGAAGCAUUUUUAGUCGUCACGUAUUCCACUGAUUCCCAGCUGUUGGAAAGUUUGGAAACAUUGUUCAUUAUCACAAUUACUGUAGUGUUGCUUUUGAGGAUGCAGCUAUUAACAUUGACGCGUAUUCUUCUCAUUUCUUGUGCACAUCUGCUGUUGAAACCUGCAAAAAAAAAAAAAUCUCCCAGUGUCGAGUGACUGACAUUGGUGUGUACGAGGCCACAGAGCUGAUCUCCUGUAUUUGACCCUUUCACUUAUUUAGCAUGACUUGUGAAUUGUGACAUGGCUAGUCUGAUCCUUUUUAAUCCUAGCCUUUUCUGUUUGAAAGUAUAGAAGUAUAUAUUUGACUCCACAGUCACAGGCUGCUGUUCACAUCACUGUUGUUUAGUUACUGCUGAAUGGUUGCUCUUGCAUGUAGAUAAACACUUUUUUUUUUUGGUCUAUUUUUCUUUCGGCGAAUGUUACUUGUAAAGUUGUGAGAGAACAAUUCUGAGGCCAGGAGAGUUUGUAGAAUAUGAUCUAAAGGUUCUGUAUAUAUUAUGUCGUGGCCUCAUUAAGUGACCUGCGUCGCAGGUUGUUGCUAGUUAAUGGAUUAAGUGUCUUUCCAGUCAUCUACCUUUUCAAGGGUAACGUGGUUCUGUGAAAUGUUUUUAACCUUUUUAGUCUUCUCAUGGAACAAAACAUAUCAUACUGACGCCUGCCAGAUUACCUGUGUAGCCUGCAGGCCGCUGAGUCAUUCAAGUUGUCUUAAAAUGUUUCAAACAGGAUGUGCUGUCCUGUCUGAAAGUCGUCACUCAUUCACAUUUGAGUUCUUGCCUUUUUUACUUUUGAUGCUUUUCACCUCACAGUCCGCCUCCAUGUUUCCGGAUUUUGUUGUCACUAGUUCAAACUUACGAUACUGUAACGCUGCCUUGUUCCAUGUUUACAGUAGGAUUUCAUUUUUUCAAGUCUUAUUCUGCCUGUCAAGUGUCAAGAGCAUAGCAAUAAUGGGACUGCACUUCUGCUGUUCACAAAUCAUGUGUAGGUCUGUGAUUAGGAUGUGUUCAAUGUUUGCAUAAUCUAAUAUUCUCUAUCUGUUACAGAUUUAGGUGUCACUCCUUUUAGCCAUAAUAUGCGCCCAUGUUUCCUUGUGUCAGUGAAUAACAGACCCAUCCUCUUCAGCCUGUUGCCAACUCGGAGCCGUGUGUUGCUGUGACGUGUCAUCCCCCAAGUGAACUUGUUGGUUACUGGUUAUUUCUGUGCUUCAGUAACAGCCUGUCAGUAUGAAGUUCUAGUGUUUACACUUUGCAUUCAACCCUUAGCCUUGUAUGACCUCUUCUUGCACCUUUUUUGUUGUAGAUGAUGCUUUUUCAGUCUGUGAGAGGCACUCUUAAUCCAAAACACAGAAGCAAUAACCCAGCUCCUCUAUGUUUCUGGUGCUCAGAGUGAAGCCCAUUUCCGUCUCGGAAAUCAGUGAAUACGACUUGAAAUACGCACUGAAUCUCAGCUUGAGGAUUAUAAGUAGAAUUGGGCUUGAGCAGAAUCAAGGAAACUCUUUAUUCGUUACACUUGUGCAAUAUCCUAAACAUGAAGUCAUGCUGUAGUUUUUUGAUCUGCAGAUGUUUAACUUAUUACAGUGCUGUAAAUCCCAUAGAAUGAUCUUCUGUACUCGUGUGACUGGUGUAGAUGUAGCUCAGUGUACAUAGGUAUGCAUAACUUACCCAAAAGUUGGCUUCAGGCUACACGCUUUACCGUCGUUUCUACCAACAAUAGAGUCAGGAUGGAUUUUGAAGUAGCAUGAACCCUAAAAUGUAAUAAACUUAUUUAAAUGCCUUACCAUUGCAUUGAAAAUGGUGCAUUAGCCUUAUCCAUCUGAGCAUCAAUGCACUUUUCCAAAUGCUUGUUAAAUAACUAAUUGUGUUCCACUGCACACUGCAGAUAGGAUUUUUAUUCCUGCUUCAUUCAGGGAACUCAAUCUCGCGCCCACUGAUAUCAAUGUCAUUUUAAUCUGCAGGUAGAAAGGCAAGUCCGAUUUACACCCCACAUGAAUUCUGACUCGAAGGAAAUAUGAUUUAGGAUUGAUACAUUAAAUUAUUGCGUGCCAGAUUGGAGGGGUGGAAAAAAAAAAGUGGAUAGGCUUCGCUUCAUUGUAGCGAAUCACAUUCAACUGAAACUUCAUUAUGUGAUCUACUUUGCAUACUUUAUUGUGACGGGUACGUGCUCUCUGACACUUUUCAAUAAAAAAAAAACGUGUGAUUUCCUUUU